CAAAAUGAGUUCCAGGACAGCCACAGCUACACAGAGAAACAAAGUGUCAUUAAUGGUACAGCCUUAUUCCUUUGACAUUUUGUCUCCUGCGUCUGACCUUUAAUUUGUUUAAAUGGGGCAAAAAAAGAAAAAAAGAGACAAACACAAAGACGUGAAACUUUGACGGCAAAGUGUCUUGCCUGGUAACAAAGGUCCGUUAUCAAAGUAAUAAUUCGAGGUGACGAUUUUUUUAAAAAGGAGGAAAAAUGGACCCUCAGAUUUGGGAGCUAGGGCUCAUGAAUACAGGAAAGGCCAUCGGGAGGGAGCGCUGGAGGCGUGGGUAGAAUGUACGCUCACUUGGCAUGCUCGAGCGCUCUGGUCCACUCAGGAGAAUCCAGGGCCGGAUCCCCGCCCCCGCCAGGCGGACCUCCCGGAAGCUCUACGGAUUAACUUACUUCCUGUUCCAUUUAGUCUUCCGGUCGCCAUGGCGACCGGGCGUCUUGGGGUUGGCGAGACGCUGGAGGCCCUUAAUGCAGCUGUAGGGCCUGGUAGCCCGGUGUGGUUUAAGGAAACGCAUGCCCGGCACCUUCGUGUCCGAGACUUCUUGGCACCGCGAAGCGCGCUACAGGCGCGCUUCAGGGACGGGCAGGUGCCAGAGUGUGUGUUCCGUGCGGUCUCCUGCCUGCAGGGUCCGGGGGUGGCCCCUGUACUGCGCUGCGCGCCGACACCCGCGGGUUUAUCGCUCCAACUACAGCGGCCCGCAGUCUUCGAACAUGUACUCGGUGCCCUGGCCUCCUAUGCUACUCCCGCCAAACCUGUCUCACCAGGCCCUCGAGUUGUCCUACAUUGCCCAGCACUGCGCUGUAAUCCGGGUACGCUCCGACUGAGCCAGCUGCGUGCCGUGCUCGUAGCCGAUCACCUAGUACGGGUACUGCGUGCUCAUGGGGUACGUGUGUGCUCAGUGCCCCCGGUGCGGGACCCUCACAUGUCAACUUUCCUCCAGAAACUUCGGGUGGAAUGGCCGACUGCCUCGAAGAGCACCUCGACAGAAACACUGAGAACCUGUGUUCUUGCAAACCUUAAUGGUUCUAAGGAAGAGACGCUGCCCCCUGGCGUCCUAGGCCGACUGUGUCUGAAGGAACUGGUAGAACAGAGACGUGCUGCUGGCUAUGACCCCAGCAUAGACCACUGUUUGGUGACUGAAGAUCUGCUCUCUGUGCUCUCUGAGCUGCAGGAGGCUGUGCGCCAUUGGUCAGAGGGUGGCCUCCCAGGCCCGGCUGGGGGUCCAGAUGUCGGUGUCGAUGACUGCGUGGUUAUACACGUGGUUAGCUGUGAGGAGGCAUUCCAGCAACAAAAGCUGGAUCUGCUUUGGCAGAGGCUGGAUGACCGGGCUCCUCACAAGCAGGUUGGUUACCAAAGUCUUUCACAGAAGCACCUGGUGUGUGGCCCAGUGAAAAUAGCUGGUGUACCCGGCACCCAGAUGGCUGCCCCUGAGUACUACAGGCUCAGACAUGCUCAGGUGUGUGAGACCUCAGCUCUGAAGCACGGAGGAGACCUGGCACAAGACCCUGCCUGGACUGAGACCUUCGAUAUCCUCUCCGUGGCCACCAUCAAAUUUGAGAUGCUGAGCACAGCUCCACAGAGCCAGCUCCUACUGGCCCACAGCACCAUCUCCACAAAGGGCACAAAGAGUGGGACUUUUGUCAUGUAUAACUGUGCCCGCCUUGCCACACUCUUCGAGGGCUACAAACACGGAAUGGAACAAGGUCUGUACCCUGCUUUUCCGCUUGUGAGCAGUCUGGACUUCUCACUUCUCCAUGAUGAGGGUGAGUGGCUGCUGCUUUUCAACAGUGUCCUUCCCUUCCUGGACCUGCUGAGCCAGACUGUGAGUCUGGCCGGCACCCCAGGCCUCCACAUCCCUGUUCGCACAGAGAUGGUGUGCAAGUUCCUGGUACAGCUCAGCAUGGAUUUCAGCUCCUACUAUAACCGAGUACAUAUUCUAGGGGAACCUCGGCCACACCUCUUUGGUCAGAUGUUUGCUCGCCUACAGCUUUUGAGGGCAGUGCGUGAGGUGUUCCACACAGGCUUGGCUAUGCUGGGCCUCCCUCCGCUGAGCCACAUCUAAGGGCCCAAUAACUGGGAAUGUUUAUAAAAGCAUCAACUGGGAAAGAAACAAGACCUCACAGAUGUUGGGCACUUAAAGUCAGAAUAAAUACAGUUUCAUCCUA